AUGUCCACAACCGAUUUAUAUCUAUCGGUGCCCCAGAUGCUCAGUUUAGGACAGAGGAGAAACAGCGAAGGAGGCCUAAACUCCAACGACCUAUUGUCCCAGGGAAGUGAUUCCCUAAUGGAUUCAGCUGGUUUAGGCUCCUCCCAUCCGAAUUUGAAUUCUACAGGAAGACGUGAAACGAAUCCAUCGAUUUUUGACGAACAUUUAGUGGAUGCCUUCCGGAAACACUAUGAAAUUGCCCCAUAUUGCCCUGUUUCUGACAAUUUUGAAGUUUCGGAUUUUGAGAAAAUAGGUCAAGGGUUCGACUCCCCCUCUAUGGCAUAG